UGAAUGGAUUAUUCCCAUUUUCACAUGGUCAUUAUGCCUACCGUUACUAUUAUGUUGUUUCUCCAAAACUUGUAUUGGUUCUUUGUACUACUCUUUUACGAAAAGAAUUCAGAGAAUAUGGACUUAUUUCGAAUUUUGUUUGUGAAUUUUUUAAGGAUGUUCCUCAUCCAGGGAUACCAAAAUGUGUUAAAAUAAAUAACGAACGUGGCCAUAAUAAUACUAGAAAUCCCCUUACGUUUAUUGAUUCUUUUCUAAAUUCUUUAGAUUUAAAAAUAGAGAAUAGUGACAUACUUACAUUUCCCUUUGUCAAAGUUAAUUCAGCCACCGUUCACUUAGUGAAUACUAUUAUACUUAAUGAGACUAAACCGGAUGAAGUUUUAUCCUUCCUUUCCCAUUCGAAUCUAUAUAAGACAAUUGUCAAAUAUCAUAAAAACAAGGAACUCGAUAUAAUAAAGCAAGAUCACACAGGUUUGAAAAAAAAACUGUUCGUUGCUUUAAAUAGAACUCACAAAGAAAACAUAGGUCUUCGGAAAAAUCUUUCAGCUAACUACACAUAUAAUUGGCAAGAAUGUAAGAUUGUUCAGAAUUCCGAUCCUGAGAACCUACUACGAGAUAAUCUCAUCGAGAUAGUUCAGAAUUCCAACCCUGAGGAGCAAGACCAUAAUCUUACUAAGGUAGUUCAAAAUUUUGAUCCUGAGGAACGAGAUUAUAAUCUCACCAAGUUAGUUCAAAAUUUCGAUCCUGAGGAGCGAGACCAGCUACGAGAUAAUUUCACCGAGAUUGUUCAGAAUUCCAAUUCUGAGGAGCGAGACCAACUACAAGAUAAUCUCAUCGAGAUAGUUCAGAAUUACAAUUCUGAGGAGCGAGACCAACUACAAGAUAAUCUCACUAAGAUAGUUCAGAAUUACAAUUCUGAGGAGCGAGACCAACUAUUAGAUAAUCUCACCAAUAUAGUUCAAAAUUCCGAUCCUGAGGAGCAAGAUCAUCUAUUGGAUUAUUUUACUGAUAUAGUUCAGAAUUUCGAUCGUAAACUACAUGACAAUUUCAUCUAUCAGUACUUAAAAUCGUUAAUGAAUAAGCAGUUCCACAAAUUACGGCUGAUUUCACCUAAUCCAGCGGCCCGUCGUUGGGCUAUUCAGGAAGAUGUGAUGCGACGAAAGGGAUUUGAACUUAAUCAUAAAGUAAAUAACAAAGAUUGGCCUAACCCAUACGAACAAUGUCUGCAUAAAGGACCUUUUGACAAAGUUAAAAUACUAGCUUCCAAUUGUGGAU